GACGGUGGCCUAGAAGAAUCAAAAAGCUGAAGCGGAAAGCUUAAGCACAGCGACCGUUAAGCGAGCACGCGCUUUGAGUUAGCCCCGCCCCGCUGUACUCCCUCGGCGCGCUCCCCAUUCUCCCGCUCAGCGACGACGUCCGUGUUAUGUGCGCGUGCGCGCGAAAUAACGGCCGCUGGCGGAGGGAAGUGGGGGGUGGAAUCGUUCAAGUGGGGGAAGAGAAGCCGCCUAGUCUCCCGCGCGCCCACCACCUGCACCAUCGCCAGCCAAUCAGCAACCGUCUCGGGGGUCUCGCGCUCGGGGCGGCUAGGGCUGCUGGGUGGCUACCCCGUCCCUCCGCCCUCUAGAGUCCCUCCUGUACUUCCCCCUCCCGCUGGCCCCGCGCGCACUCGCGCUCGCGCCCGCUCCAGCCUCUUGUGUGUCCUCGCGCCCCCCGCCCGCCCUCCGGCGCGCAGUGUGCUCCGCUCCCCCACCCUCCUCCCCCCUCCCUCCUUGCGCGCCUCCUCCCCGGGUCCCCCCUCCCCCACCGCUGCCUCCUCCCGCCCCGGGGUGAGCGCGAGCCACCUCCCUCCUCCCUCCGCCAUGGAUCCCAGCAACUGGAGCAGCUUCAUCUUCCAGGGUCACGCCCAGAACCCCCUGCAGGUCGGGGCUGAGCUCCAGUCCCGCUUCUUUGCCUCCCAGGGCUGCGCCCAGAGUCCAUUCCAGGCCGCGCCAGCGCCCCCACCCACGCCCCAGGCCCCGGCGGCCGAGCCCCUCCAAGUGGACUUGCUCCCGGUUCUCGCCGCCGCGCAAGAAUCAGCCGCAGCGGCUGCAGCUGCUGCGGCUGCUGCCGCUGCAGUGGUUACUGCACCCCCGGCCCCUGCUGCCGCCUCCACAGUGGACACAGCGGCCCUGAAGCAGCCUCCGGCGCCUCCUCCACCACCCCCUGCCGUAUCCGCACCAGCCGCCGAGGCCGCGCCCCCCGCCGCGGCUGCCACUAUCGCCGCAGCGGCUGCCACCGCUGUUGUCGCCCCAACCUCGACGGUCGCUGUGGCCCCGGUUGCAUCUGUCUUGGAGAAGAAGACAAAGAGCAAGGGGCCCUACAUUUGCGCUUUGUGCGCCAAGGAGUUCAAGAACGGCUACAACCUCCGAAGGCACGAAGCCAUCCACACAGGAGCCAAGGCUGGCCGGGUCCCCUCGGGUGCUAUGAAGAUGCCCACGAUGGUGCCCCUGAGCCUCUUGAGCGUCCCCCAGCUGAGCGGGGCCAGCGGGGGUGGGGGAGAAGCCGGGGCUGGCGGCGGCACGGCCGCGGUGGCGGCUGGUGGUGUUGUGACCACGACUGCCUCUGGAAAGCGCAUCCGGAAGAAUCACGCCUGUGAGAUGUGCGGCAAGGCCUUCCGCGACGUCUACCACCUGAACCGACAUAAGCUGUCGCAUUCGGACGAGAAGCCCUACCAGUGCCCUGUGUGCCAGCAGCGCUUCAAGCGCAAGGACCGCAUGAGUUACCACGUGCGCUCACAUGACGGCGCUGUGCACAAGCCCUACAACUGCUCCCACUGUGGCAAGAGCUUCUCCCGGCCGGAUCACCUCAACAGUCACGUCAGACAAGUGCACUCUACAGAGCGGCCCUUCAAAUGUGAGAAAUGUGAGGCAGCUUUUGCUACGAAGGAUCGACUCCGAGCGCACACAGUACGACACGAGGAGAAGGUGCCAUGUCAUGUGUGUGGCAAGAUGCUGAGCUCAGCUUAUAUUUCGGACCACAUGAAGGUGCACAGCCAGGGCCCUCACCAUGUCUGUGAGCUCUGCAACAAAGGUACUGGUGAGGUUUGUCCAAUGGCAGCGGCAGCAGCAGCAGCGGCAGCGGCAGCAGCAGCAGUGGUGGCAGCCCCUCCCACAGCUGUGGGCACCCUCUCUGGGGCAGAGGGGGUACCAGUGAGCUCUCAGCCACUUCCCUCCCAGCCUUGGUGAGCUCCAAGUUGAUGGAGGACAGGGGAGAGCAGAGGAAAGCUCUCUUGGUACAGUCUCCUCUUCCCACCAACUUCCUCACGUCAUCAACCAAGGAGCCUCCAGACGGAGAGGAGGAAGAAGGAAUUCACUAGGUUUUAACGAUGUUUCUCCUGCUCCUUUCUUCUCCCUAUCAGAGCUGACCCUACAAACACCUGUCCCCUGAGUUGUGUUGAAGUCCCCUGGACAGUGAGCAGGGGUGGCAGAGGACAGCAGCAGCCACUGCCCUCAACCUUUAAGCCCUUGCCUUUCCUCCCAGGGAUUUGUGAGCCUUUCCUUAGAAGGUCCUGUGCUCUCCUCCUGUCCCCUCCCCUACUGUCUGCUGCCCCUUCCUGGGGAGUUGGUGCUUUCUUUUUUUGUUGUUGUUUUUUUCCCAGGGGUAGGGAGGAGAGAGAGGAGGGGAAUUAAGAUUCUGUCCCAGAAAAGAGAGAAGGUGGUGUUGAGGGGCAGAAGCAGGGAAGGCAGAGGGAUACUUUGAGUAAGGUUGUGUGGUUAAACCCCAAGCAUCCUACUGGAGUAUCUGUCCAGGGAAAAGCCAAGGGGAGCAUCAGAAGGAGCCACUAGGGCCAGAGGCAGAACAAGAGAAUCUUAGGGGGCCAGGGUAAAGGAGGGGAGCCAGGGAAUAAGAGGUGCUUCCUGGGGGUGGGGGAAUGCAGCCAUAGUGUCUUCCCCUUCCCUCUUCCACCCCAGCUCCAGCCCUGGUCUUUUCUUCCUCUUUCCCACAACAGAAGAUAUGGCCCUGGCCAUGACAUCGUGUUCCUGUGUCCCUUGCAUGUUCCCCACUCUCCCCUCCCUCCUUUUGCGCAGACCCCAUUACAAUAAAUUUUAAAUAAAAACUUG